AUGCACCGCCGGAUCUUUCGCCACACACGCGACGCCCACGCUAGACGGACUGCAAGCGCUGUCAAGACACGACCGCACGUGCGCUCCCGCCUCUUUUCCAGCCACGUCGCUGUCCAGCAGACCAAUUUGCUCAUCAACGGCGUCUUCAUGCCGUCCAACUCGGGCAAAACCUUCGAGACAUUCAAUCCGGCAACCGAAGCGAAGAUCGCCGACGUGGCGGACGCGGGCACAGCCGACAUUGAUGCGGCCGUCGAGGCUGCCCGUGCAGCCUUUGAAGGCCCGUGGCGCACUAUGUCCGCUGCAGAGCGCGGCCACUUCCUGCAUAAGCUCGCGGACCUCAUUGAAGCAAACAUUGACGAGUUAGCUGCUCUCGAAGCGCUCGACAAUGGCAAACCGUGUGCUGAAGCGAAGGGGGCCGACCUCGGGCUCGCGAUCAAGACGUACCGGUACUACGCUGGCUGGUCCGACAAGAUUCACGGGUCGGUGAUUCCCAUUGCAGGUCCCUACUUGUGCUACACCAAGCCCGAGCCUGUUGGCGUGUGCGCUCAGAUCAUCCCGUGGAACUUCCCGCUCUUGAUGAUGGCGUGGAAACUCGGCCCUGCGCUCGCGGCCGGCAACACGAUUGUGCUGAAACCCGCCGAGCAAACGCCGCUAUCGGCUCUACGCGUUGGCGAACUCAUUGUGGAAGCUGGUUUUCCAAAGGGCGUGAUCAAUAUCGUGCCAGGUGCCGGCGACGCGGGCCGCUAUCUCUCGCAGCACCCGAACGUCGACAAGGUCGCCUUUACAGGAUCCACGGAGGUCGGAUACCAAAUCAUGCGCACGUCGCACGUGGAAAACAUCAAGCGCGUCACGCUGGAACUGGGUGGCAAGUCGGCUAACAUCAUUCUUGAUGAUGCGGACAUUGACCUUGCCAUCCAGCAGUCGCAGAUUGGUCUGUUUGUGAACCAGGGUCAGUGCUGCAUUGCUGGCUCUCGCGUGUACGUGCAGGAUGGCAUCUACGACGAGUUUGUCCGGCGCUCUGUGGAAGCUGCUGAAUCCCGUGUCGUGGGCGACCCAUUCAGUCCCAGCACGCAGCAAGGAGCGCAGAUCGACAAGACUCAGUUUGACAAGAUUCUGGGCUACACCGAAAAAGGUGUGGCGGAAGGUGCUCGUCUACUGACUGGUGGCAAACGCCACGGCGACAAAGGUUGGUUCAUCCAGCCCACUGUGUUUGCAGACGUGACAGACGACAUGGUCAUUGCUCGCGAGGAGAUCUUUGGACCGGUCAUGCCUAUACUGAAGUUCAAGACCAUUGACGAAGUCAUCAAGCGUGCCAACGACUCCAUGUAUGGCCUCGGUGCUGGCGUCGUGACCACGAACGUCAACAGCGCCAUCAAGAUUUCGAAUGGACUACGUGCAGGGACAGUGUAUGUGAAUUGCUACGACGUAUUCGACGCAAACGCGCCGUUUGGCGGUUUCAAGGACUCUGGCAUUGGCCGUGAGAACGGCGAGCUGGGUCUACGCAACUAUUUGGAGCACAAGACGGUGAUCAUCAAGCGUCCAGACGACUCGAUGCCUUGA